AUUCAUCUUAUACAUACAAGAAGAUUCCUAUCAAAUAAAGGAGACAAGAGGCCGCUUGAAAACUAAGCAAACAAAAUAAAUAUUUUUUUAUUUUUUUUUCCAACCUGAAUGAUUCGUAUUUGCACACAUAACUUAAUUGUUGAGAUCAAAGUUAAACAUCAGCUUUAUUCCACUUGUCAUCUUUAUUCAAAGCACACCGCACACGAAUCCUCUCAUCGAGAUUAAAACAUUUUUUUUAAACAAACAAGAUGCUUAUGCGCUCCUUACUCCCACACGCAUGUGCAUUGCAUAUAUCUAAAAGCAAUUUAUUAUCGAAUGAAGGUGUAAGGUUGUAUGCGUCAAUACAUCAAAAUAUGACGACUUAGACAUUUGGAUUUGAUGGUACUAAGCAAAUUCUUAUCGUAUGAAUGUAUAAGGCAGAUGCGUUAAAAAUCAACAAUAAAAGGACUGGGACAUGCUAUAAUUUGGAUUUAACGGUACUUAGACAAUAGACAUGUGUAGAUGUAAAAUCGCCUGCAUGGUUUACAACUUCAAAGCGUAAACCAUAUUGCAUUUGUACAUAUAGUCUAUAGAUAUACAUCCCUACCUUUAAAGAUUUAUCUAAAGGUUACAUGUGUCAAUGUCAGUCCAUAAUUUAACUUUAUAGUUUGCAAGACGUUGUGUGUUUCUAUUUUUUCAUCUUUCAUAAAUACUUAAUAUUCGCUUGUGUUGAAUAUUGCAUCACCUAUCGGCAUUUGUUAAUCAUGAUGCAGUCGAGGGAGGAGAGGAGAGCCGAGUCACCAUCAGGUCUCGUUCUCACCACCGACCCUAAACCUCGUCUCCGCUGGACCGCUGAGCUUCAUGAACGUUUCGUUGACGCCGUCACUCACCUUGGAGGCCCUGACAAAGCUACACCAAAGACGAUUAUGAGAGUGAUGGCUGUGAAGGGUCUUACACUUUACCAUCUCAAGAGCCAUCUCCAGAAGUUCAGACUUGGAAAGCAGCCUCACAAGGAACAUAGUCAUGGUCACUCCACUAAUAUUAGGGAUACUAAUAGAGCUUCCAUGUUGGAUCUUCAAAGGAAUGUUGUAUUCAGUACUCCUCACAUCAUUGGUCGCAAUAUGAACGAGAUGCAAAUGGAAGUGAAAAGAAGAAUAGAGGAAGAGGUAGAAGUAGAAAGACAGGUGAAUCAAAGGAUAGAAGCACAAGGGAAAUACAUGGAGAGCAUGUUGGAGAAAGCAUGUGAAACACAAGAAGCAAGUCUCACCAAAGACUACUCUACUCUCUUUUUCAACAACACAUCACCCCUCCCAAUUCCAUGGUUCGAGGAUCAUUUUCCCUCGUCUUCCUCCAUGGAUUCUACAUUGAAUCUUUCUGAUAUCAGUCUCAACUUCUCUCUCCAAGAUUCUCGGAGCUCUAUCACCAAGAACCGUACGGUUUGUCUCGGUUAGAGAAUACAUAUGUAGGUCUAGUUAUUUGACUCUUCCUACUCUAGUAUUCUAAUGUGCAUAAAUGCACAAACUCACAUGUAAUAAUUCUGCCAAACAAUGAAGUAGAUCUUCGUUAUCCACUCUAAUAGAUGUGAUGAUGUGCAAUAGAUGGUGAAGUGGGAUGCCCCAUGUAUUUCUCAAUUCUUGUGUGUUUAUUAUAUAUAUGUGUGUUACUUGCACACUGAAAUUUUAAAGAUUUUGUCUUUCUA